GCUUCUCUAUUGAUUAGCCUACGGGGCUGCACCGUAUCUUUCUUCGGCAGUCCUUCAAUUAUCUUUCCAGUUACUUUUUCAUCUAUCGAACGUCCUCGCUUAUUAACUGUUACCUAACCAGACUCCCCGUUAACAGCUUUACAUAACGAAAUACCGGUUAGCGUGUAACAAAAUCCACGACAUUCUUUACAAAUUCAAUAUCGUCGAUUUAAAACGAGUCAGUUUCAAUUACGAUCGGAGGCACUUUCGAAAUUGGAUAAAAAUUUCUUGGUAGAUUAGAUAUAGGUACCUACUCGUUUAUUAAUCGUAAGCAAUUAGUGCCUCUUUUCUUUUGUGCUUCUUCUUCUUUUUCUCCCUUUGGCCGUAACGUAAUCUAGAGUCGCGAGCAGGAAAACGUACGUCUUGUAAAAAGAUAAGAGAUGUCGUUAGAAAGGAAAAUGACGAGUCUCGAUGUAAUUAUCUUUGCUUACUAACCCCUCCCCGGCACGAUUUUCUCGCUCUUUAUCCGUUGUCUGCCAAGCUUUUAACGGUAAGCACAUCUUCUCUUGAAAUACGAGAGUUUGAAUUGGGUUCUCUUCCUACGACAUCCCUUUUCACAAGUAUUUAUGUACACUCAUCUAUAACGGAAAAGCUUCGCAGCGCCGCGCGCAGGCGCUCUCUCGCUCUUUCAAAUUCAUAGAAUUCGUAGAAUUCGAGAAAUCGCAUUAUUGGCUGUACCUCCGUAGAACAUUGCAUAAUGCAAUCGGAUUAUGGUUAACCCUAUGGCCGAAUAUUGUGUGGUAAAGGCAAGAUAUAUCGUUCGUAUACCUAUAUCAAAGUUUGCCAGAAGGGGUUCGUUGAAUAAUGGAUACCGAAGGCAAAACUUUUGAUAGAAAAAAAAAAAAAAAAAAAAAAAGAAAUUCGUUCGCAGUGGAGGGUGGCAGAAAACAUCGACAUGUCACACCUUUGCCCGUUAAAUACCAAAAUGUCAAUGUCAGCGGUGACGUAACAAAAAUCGAGGUGAUGCUCGAGGAAGCACCAGACGAGGCCGUCCUUGCUGGAUCUAUACCCUCGGAAUUGGAUGCUGGGAUCGAAUUAAAUUCAACAUAUCCAGGAGUACCAGAAGCAGGUGCGGUCGUGGUCAGAGCCGAGGAAGCUCUGAUCGUCGUCCUAGUUCUCGUCCUUUGGGUCGCAGCGAUAGCGUUAUUUUUUAAUCGAUGGGGAAAGAUCAGAAUGUUGGAGCCCUAUCAGCCAAAGUUUCAGCAACAACACAGGCAAAGCUGCACUAUGGUCGACAUGAACGCGCUUACGCACCGUACUUACUCGAAAUUUAACAUCCACCGGCAGGAUCACCCGGUGCACCAGAGUAGCUGCGUACCCAGCACCACCACCGCCGAGUGCUGGAGACCGAGACAGAACAGCGUCUUCGUCGGUUCGAGCAGCGCGUCCCUUGUCGCGGUCAAUCAGGAAACACCGAGACGCGCCAAGAGCGCGUUCGAUCUGCAGUCCCUCGUUUUGGCUGAGUGUAUCGUAAGGAAAAAUACCAUAGAGGACGAUCGCCCGGAGAACGAAGAACCGGGGGAUGCGGUGAGGAGUUCGAAGGAAUUAGCGACGGCAUUGACGACGACAGCCAGCUCCCAGUUUACGGAAUCAUCGAAAGUGGGUCAACGUAGGACGAGCGUUUGUAAGUUGUUGGACAAGCCGUUGCAGCAACGCGAGAGGGGUAUGAGCGUGUGUCAGGUCGAUCGCGGGGAUUAUCAGAUUCUUCAAAGCAGAACGUCCCAGAGAGAUCGAGGUAUGAGUAUCUGUUACUUCGAUAGAACGGACGUUUUGGCGAGACCUCUUCAGAGGGAUCACCACCGGGGCUCCUCGAGUAUUUGCCACUUCGACAGAAUGGACGUAUUUGCGAGACCACCUUAUCCACGUGAUCGCGGUAGCAGCGUUUGUCAAUUCGACAGAAUGGACGUUUUGGCACGGCCGACUUCCUCCUAUCUCGGUAAGUCCCUCCUAAGAGAGAGACGCGUAAGCGUUUGCAACUUUCUCGAGAAGAACGAGGAGCCUGUGCUCCGAGCUCCUGCUAACGUUCCUGCUAACGUCUCGCAAAGCUUCCAAUGGUACGUUGGGCGUUCCAGCGUCGACAGCAACGUCGACAAAAUCGAGACCAUUCUUCGAUCGACUCCUUCCCCCUCUCCCGUCUCGAAGAAGAACGCUCGGGAUAACAAGGACGUUUCCCCUUCGAUUAUCGAACAUCAAGCGGGGGACCACCUACCGUCCGAUCGUCGGGAUGACGAAGAGAACGGCAUUGCGUAUUAUUUCGAUCGACCGUCCUGCAGCAAAACGCCGGACGUUGUGCUUGGUUAUAAAGCGACUUGCGUUUGAAGGUACGCACCGUACUAGUUCUAGAAUCAUUCUCCUUCGUAUCCUCGAAGUUUCCUCGAAGAAUUCUUCGAAGCAGGCAGCAUGGAACGAAUUCAAAACUAAUUCAUUAGGAAUUUCGAAUCGAACGAAAUCUCGCGAUCGAGUAACCUGUUAACGAAACGCGCGUCGGAGCCGAGAUCAUUUUUAUUACGACGUUUUAGUAAUUCGUCUAUCUAUGCGCACUGGCCCGCAAAUAUAUCUAUAUCUCGUAAGGUCCGAGAACGAGAAAUGAAAAAAGAUCCCUUUGAAUGCGCGUUCUUAGGGGGCAAUGAAAAAUACGAUACCUUAACAUUAUUUCUAUUCUUCGGUCAUAUCUUAUCUCAUGGUACGUGCACAUUUGAACGAAUAUUUCUUGCGAGCCACUGCGUAGACAUUCGUUGUACAUAAGAUGGAGCAUUUAAAUAGGAUGGGGGCUAGGUUAUAUAGUAAGAUAUAGUGGUUAGAAUAAAGAUAUGAACUUUGAAGAAAAAGAGUUUAUCUACUUCUAAUAUAUAUAUAUAUAUAUAUAUAUAUAUAUAUAUAUAUAUCAAUUAUAUUAAGUAACUACCAUUUGAAUGUUCCUAUUUAAAUGUCUACCAUCCAUAGAUAGACGUAGAUGUAAUUCCGAUGUUAACAACGUCCAGCUUGGGAGUCUCAUUGUCGAUCUAUUUUCAUAUGAACACGAUUGAGUCCGCUCCGAUUCGUUACGCGUAUCGGUUAACGCGUUCUAUUCAUCGAAACUCCAGUUUGUAUUUCCUCAUGAAUGGUGUAAUUUAAUCGAGAGUAAGCUUCGUUAAAUAAACGUUGUCUAUGCAAGGAGCAAUCUAAAAAGAUAGAAAAGAAGUUAUACGGUCAAGAGCUUCUCGUUGGACCAAUCAUGAAUCCUUUUCGUACGUGAACGAGAGGAUGUAAACAAACGAAACGUGAUAAAUUACAUGUAUUACAUUACAAUGAAAACAGAUGUCAAAUAUUUUUUAUUAAAAAUCUCUUUUUAAAAGUACAAUAAUAGCUUAGCCAAGAGGAAAGGGAAACGUUGUCAUUGGCUCGUAAACCGUUUAUAAACUUUGUCAACCGUUCGAGGGAGAUUCGAUCUCUUUUUUAACAAGACCGGAUAAUGUUCUAUUUCAAAAUAGUACGAAAUUUUUAUGUCUUUCUAAAGGUUUUAGAGAGAGAGACUCGAUCCAUAUUUUCAUCGAGUGCGUUAUCAAAACCAACGAGAGAAUGUUAUAUCGUUACAACGUCAUAGACAAAGUGAAAGAUUAGAAGUUAUCGAAAGCAUAUGCAAUAUUUAAGCUCAAUAUUCGAAACGACAUUAAUUGCGUUUACUUCGAAAGCUGGAUCUCUGACGUUAUUCGAAAAACGUAAAUAAAAGGGAAUCAAAAUGUACAUUUCGACAAAGAAAGAAAAGAAAAGAAAAGAAAGAAAAAAAAAGAAGAAGCAAAAAUGGCUCGUGCCCUUAUCUACUUUUUGAUAUGACUUUGUUAGGCAUAAAUCGAAUUAAAAAUUGGACAAAUUACGAUUGAACGUGGCCAUCCAUUCAGUCGUCGUCGUCGUCGUCGUCGUCGGCGUCGAUUGAAUUUUUCCGACGAGCAAAGGAUCGAAGCUUUAAGUAGCGAUCGAUCGACUCUUCCUCUUUAUCUCGUACUCUUAUUUUCUUUCCCUCCAAAUAGACGUAAAUAUAGCUAGAGAGUUUAGUCCUCCGACCAUAUUUUAUCUCUUUCCCUCGGCGAGUCUUCUCUUUCUCGCGCUAGUAAAUUCAUAGAAAUUGCUCUAUUCUUCGAAGCUGACUUUAUCGCUGAAUAGACGGAUUUUCUCUAUCUCUCUCUCUCUCUCUCUCUCUCUCUCUCUCUUUGAAAUUGUCCGCAGAUAAAAAUAUUUAAAUGUUAACAAACGUUCGAUAAUAAGCCCCUUCGUUUAAGGGAUCCUCUUUCGAAAAUAAUGUAGUAGAAAUUUCAUUCGAGUCUAAUAACGAAUAUCUAUUUUAAAAGAAAUUCCUCCCGUCGUCAAAUUAAAUAUAACGCGACAAUGGGAAGAAAUAGAUUUAUCGAGUCUGGUAAGCAUCGCUCAACCUGUACUCAGGGAAUAUCUUGAAAUAAUUAAUGCCAAUCGUCGAAUAAUAGAAAAACUAUUCCAAAUACUGGAUCUUUUAUUUUCCCUGGCUUGCCUUUCCUCGACUUGAGAUAAGACCACGUAAUGUCAGAAAUAUCUUUUCCGAAUCAUACGCAUCAUGUUGUAGGUAUAAAGAGAUGAGAAACUAAGAUGUCUACCUAUCUAUGUAUACCUACCUAUCCGAUGUUGCACAUUUGUUGAUAUAUAUUUAUUCCAUCGAAGAAACAAUAGGGUAAAUUAUCGUUUUGUUACGUGUACACAUAUGCAUACAACACGUAAUAUUAUACAACAACGUAUGGAUACUUAUACACCUCGCUUGUGUUUCCGAUGAGAAGAUAAUGGAAUAAUUGGAAUAUAAAUAAUAUGCGCGUUUUCGAAAUAUUAUUAAUUCCUUUGCGAACUUUCUACAAACGAUUAAUUCAAAGUUUUACCAAUCGCAUUAAUUCUCGUUGUUUUAUAAAAUAAUAAAACAUACCGACGAGAAUAUUAUGAGAUCGAGUAUUUUUAAAGGAUAACAUGAUCGAGCUUGUAGAGGAUGAAUUGUUCUCUUCUCACAAAGUAUUAUUAACGGAAUACACGAGAAAUGAAAUAUACACCGCUUCGGCCAUAUCGCGUAAUCAGUUCUAAACCGCGUUAUAUACAAGUGUAAUUAAUUUAUACGUUUGGCGGUAAGGUUCUCAUUUAAACUUCCAUAUCUGUUCAUGGUCGAUAUAAUGAACUUUCGAAUAUUUCAAAUAAUAUGUAAAUAUUUCGUUUAACGUUACGCCUCGUCUAUAUAAGAAUAAUGUACGAAAGAAGUACUCCGAAUAUACGCAUACGAGGAAGGAUCGUUUGAGAUAAGUAAUAUUUUCUGACCAAAAAUAUAUCUCCAUCCGGUUAAAGAAAUUUUAUCGCUAUAAAUAUAGUUAUAAAUUCUUUUUUCGCUUUAAUAUCGCGCGACAAACGGACAUUUUAUAUAGACUUAGUCGAAUUAGCUGAACUAUCGUCAGACCAAAGAGAGAAUUUUUCUCGUAAUAUUGCGCCCGUUUAAAAUUAAAUAGAUAAUAAUGCUUCGUUAUUUUAUUUCGAAACGAAAUGAGACAAUUAUACCAGUUAUACUACAAGUAAUUCUUCGUUCAACGACGACUGAUAGAAAGCAAGAUGAUAAAACAGUUUUUAAGGUUAAAAGGAGGCACGGAGAUAAUUACAAUUAUAUAAAUCUAUUUAGCCUUAAGUUAUUACAAUUAGCUUCUCUCAAAUUUUUUUUCUUCCCACGUCAGCCGUAUGUAAAUAGAAAUGGGCGUGCCUAUUGCUUAAUAAUUUCAUUCGAAAGGAAACAAUGAGAGAAGAUUAAAGUUUUGGAGAAGAGAAAAAUUAAAACGAUGGAGAAUCUUGUUAAUUAUUUGUUAAUAUACAUAUUUUGUUAAGCUACGCCAUAUUGACCAUCGAGUAUCAUCGAAGAGGUAACACGGAAUGUCGCCUUCCGACGGUAUAAAAAAACUCUUGGAUAUUCCUCCAAUAUCACUUGUAUAAAGUUCUCCUAUAAAUAAAUUCAAAUUUGUGAAUAUAAAAUAAAAAA